CAAUAGUUUAAUAAGGAUAUCGAACCAAUGAUUGGAAGGAAUCCAUUUGUAUUAGCAGGACAAGAGUGGAAGGAAAAACGCAGUCAAAUUACCCCAGCAUUUUCGAACAAUAGACUCCGUGCCUGCUUCCCACUUGUCGAAGAAGUUCUAACUCGAUUUACAAAAUAUAUUAAGAAUGAACAUGAAAAAGACAAAAAAGCUCCAUUAGAACUUCGUGAAAUUUGUGCAAGAUAUACAACUGAUGUUGUUUCUAGCUGUGUUUUUAAUGCUGAUGCUCAGUCAUUCACUAAAGAAAAUUCAGAAAUUCGAGCUAUGGGGAAGAAAUUCGUUGAGGCUUUGUCAUCUUUUGGAUUAGUUCAAUUUCUUUUGACGUCACUGUUUCCUGGAAUCCAAAAGCUUCUGAAGAUGAGAAUUAUGGAUAAAAAAUCUGAAGACUUCUUCAUUAAUUUGAUGCUACAAGCUGUGAAGCUUCGUGAAAGUAGCAAAAUUCAACGUGAUGACUAUCUUUCAUUUUUGAUUGAACUGAGGAAGAAGAAGUCAAUUUCGGAUAUUGAAAUGGCUGCUCAUGGAGUCACAUUUUUCAGUGAUGGUUUUGAGACAAGCUCAAUAGGAAUUUCACAUAUUUUGUAUGAGCUGGCAGGCAGCAAAAAUUCACAACAAAAAUUACGUAAAGAAAUCAACGAAAUGAUAAUCGAUGAAAAUGGAAAAAUCGUGUACGAAAAUAUGCUUGAAAAUGAGUAUUUAAAUCAAGUCUUUUAUGAGGCAUUGCGACUUCAUCAACCUCUUGGGAUUUACAAUCGGGAGUGUACAGAAGCUAUCAAUUUAGAUUGUGGAAAUGGAAAGGUUUUCAAAAUUGAGAAAGGAAUGGGAAUUAACAUUCCAAUUCACUGUUUUCAUCGUGAUCCAGAAAAUUACACAAAUCCGAAUGAAUUCAUCCCUGAGCGUUUUGAUCCUGAGAAUGGUGGAAUAAAGGCAUUUCAAGACCGUGGUGUUCUUGCGCCUUUCGGUGAUGGUCAAAGAAUCUGUCUGGGAAAACGUUUCGCACAAAUUCAAGUAAAAGCAGCAAUUGUUGAUAUUAUUAGGAACUUUGAAUUGAGUAUCAAUGAGAAGACACAACGUCCUUUGACGAUCGAACCAAAUCAUUUGUUGAAUGUAAAAGUUGGCGGAUUGUGGAUUAAUGUAAAGCCACUCAAGUGAUCGGUUGAAUAAAGACAUGACUUGUUAUGAAGUUUCAUGUGUUUAAAUAAAUAUUUCUGCAUGUACAUGGCAUAAAAUGGAUUAAUCGUGAUUAAAAUUGUAAAGAUAGAACGUAUUUUAUCUUAUCAAUCGAACUUUUUACGUCAUAUUCAGGCAGUGUUUGUCAAAUUUUAUUCACGACAACCUUAGUGAAGUGUUCGAUGGGAAUCGAACCCAUGACCUCAAAAGAUGCUAUCUUUAACCACUCGAUCAGAGAUCCCUGCCACUCAGCCACCGAGGUACUUUUCUCACUUCAGGUAUCCGUCAUACACAUAUAACCAGUUUCAACGCGAGUCCUAUGCUCAGGCCUAUCUACUACAGAUAUGCUCUUCAAGUCAUAUUCACAUUUAGUUGUUUUAUUUCCAUACCAAAAAGUGCCAAUAGUUUUACAGACCUUGAAAAUAACAGA